AUAACUUAAAAGUGACUCAGAGAAACGUGUUAGCUUGCCUAAAAGGAAGCCUCUCUUUAGUUCCGUUGCCCACCCGGCGCAAUGCUAGAUAAACAGUGUACCAGCAAGGCAGAGAUAAACGUUUAUGAAAACCUAUUUACCAUAAAAGUUGUAUUCCAAAAUCUCCAAGGUGUGAUUAUUUCUUUUGAUCCUGUUGGAUGGGACCGAGAUCAAAAUCAUCCAAAGAGAAAGACUUAUUAGAAUGGAGACUACACGUAUAGGGAUCCCAUCUCCAGAUAAAGUACCAGAUGACACAAAAACAGAACAUUUGGAUAGGGAAUAAAGAAAGUUGGGACAUAUUUAGAAAUUGAAGUUCUUGAGGGGGAGGGGGCUUCAGGAGGGUUUUAAGGUGGUUUUACAGUAUGUUCUUAUUUUGAUCUUAAUUUUGUCAGGAAUGCCCUGAAAGGUUCCAUGGUGUAAAUUGUACCAACACAUGUUCUUGUCCUAAAGAAGCCUCCUGUGAUCACGUGACCGGUAAUUGCACAUGUCCCGCUGGCCUGUACGGAGAGCAGUGUAACAAAAAGUGCCGGAAAGGUUUCUUUGGGGAGAACUGCUCCAAGAAAUGCAAUUGCACUAAAUUUGAGAUGUGUCAUGUUAUGACUGGCCAGUGCAAGAGAGUUUGUCCAAUUGGCAAAUAUGGCGUUAACUGUUCGCUUAGCUGCAGAUGUCCUCGCUCGGCAAUAUGUGACCCGUACACAGCUCAGUGUUUCUGUAAAGCCGGGCGUCAAGGAACAACUUGCCGACAGGGCUGCCCAAAAGGUACAUACGGCCGAAACUGUAUGUUCAACUGCACUUGCUCAGAAAAUUCUGAGUGUGACCAGAAGACAGGAGAGUGUAGAUGUCACGUGGGCUGGAUAGGAAGCAGGUGUGAACACGUUUGUCCAGCCGGAACUUUUGGUGAGGGUUGUCAGCAGAGAUGCUCCUGCCAUAACGGCCUAUGCGAUCACAUGAACGGGAAAUGCCAUUGUCAUCCGGGAUACCAGGGAGUGCGCUGCGAGAGAGAAUGUUCGAGUGGGUUUUUUGGUCAAGACUGCCAGUUUGAAUGCACCUGCCAGAAUGACGCCAUCUGCGAUCACCUGAAUGGAAAAUGCCAUUGUGGAUUGGGAUACACUGGGACUAACUGUGAAAAAGAAUGCUCUCCUAAGUUCUACGGUCUGGACUGUGAAGAAAGGUGUAACUGUAAAAACGGAGGGAGGUGUGAUAAGAUUACUGGCUGCUGUUCUUGUUCUGCGGGGUGGUAUGGUGACCGAUGUCAAUAUAGCUGUCCCCCGGGCCGGUAUGGGAUCUAUUGUACUAGCCAUUGUAGGUGUAUGAAUGGAGGGUCAUGUAACCCAGCAUCCGGGGAAUGUUACUGCACAGAAGGGUGGACCGGAAGAGAUUGUAGUAAAGAGUGUCCUCUUGGACGGUAUGGCUUCGACUGUUUGAACCGCUGCACAUGCGCCAACUCAUCUUCGUGUGACCCCAGGACUGGACGGUGCGAGUGUCAGUCAGGGAGGAAUGGACCCGGGUGUAGACAAGACUGUAGUGACAAGUAUGGUCCCGGAUGCAAGCUGGAUUGCUCUUGUGGUCAGGGAGGCCAGUGUGAUCCGCUGACCGGAAAAUGCAAGUGUAGACCUGGAUGGACUGGACCCGAAUGCAGAGAGAAGACCCCAGAGGAAAAAGCACCCUUUAACGACGACCACUUGUUCACCAUCAAUUUACACAAGUAACCAAAUUUCGCUCCUACCUGGCUUGCGCAAGCUCCUCAGAGCACGUUCGAUUGUCUAAGCCAAAGAUAAGCUGUAUAUUUGCCCGCUGACUUGUUCUUACAGCUGUCAACUGACUACCGCCGUGAAGAUGUGGAUAGGAGCUCUUGACGAAUAUUUAGGAAGCAACUUGGAGAGUUUUGGCGGUUCAAAUGGGCUGAUUCUUUAUCUUAGCUUUUAAAAGAAAACAAGCUUAGUAAAUAAAUUAUCUGACGGCCUUGCUCGGAAUGGAGCUGUUUACAUCGCUGUACAGUCAACUGCCGUAUUGCACACUGCUCACCUCAGUCAACUCUGUUAAACAGGCGCCCUCUUUCUAACGGCGAAUUGAAAUGUAGUUUUUGUAGAAUUUUAAGGUUAUCUACUAAUCUCGUUGUGAACUUCAGAUCAUAUUCGACAAGGCGAGCUGUCUACAACCUGCAGUCAACUCCUAUUAUAACAGAUACUCUCGUACCUAGAUCUCUUGUCUGUGUAACCGCCGGAGGUUUCUUUUUUCUGACUUAAGCUACCGUGUGUUCGUAAUAACGAAGCAUCCGCAAAGCGACAGUUGAUUGUAUGAAGUGCUUUGUUAUGGUACACCAGUUCGAGCGUACCCUGGGUGCCAGAGGUUUUUCUUGCGCGGUUUGCGGUGUCGGUCAUGUCUCUAUUGUGACCCGCGCUCGUGCUGGCGGCCUUCUGCCGUCGAAGCGAAACGAAGUAUUUCCGUCCGCCGCGCGCGAGAAAAAACCUCUGGUACCUAGGGUAGUUCGAGCGAGAACAACGACAGACUUUGAAAAUUGAGACGAAGGUAAGAGUUGGAUGAGAGUUUCCACCGACUCUCUUCCACUGUCAUUAGUGCCUGAGAGUAAGCAAGGGUUCAUCUGCCUGUCAAAUGUGCCAAAACUUUGGUAGAACCUCAUCAAAAUUGAGCAGAUGGCCUUAAAACGACCCAUUCCUCGUUCGUUUCGGCGUUAAUAAAACCUAAUUCUGUGUAUUGAUCUGUUUUUGGCAAACUAUGCGGCUCUUGGUUUCGUUUGUUUUCAAGACCCGUUCUUAUAAAUGAAGGUCUUGCGACAGGGAUGGUUUUUGGAGGAUCUAAAUGGAUUGGCGGUGCUAGAAUCUCAGUUAUCUCUUAAAUUUUUCGCGAUUCCUCAGCUAUCAUUAAAAUUUCAGCCCA